AUGUUGUGCCGGGCUACAAUCUUGCCGCGCAAGGCCCUGCCAAGGGCGCCAGGCGCGAUGCUGCCGCGUUUUUUCCCUCGUGCUAUGCUAUCCACCUCGUCUUCUGAAAGCAACACGUCUCGUGUGUAUGCCAGCACGUCAGAGACGCCGCUGGUGCGCACCGAGUUCCUAGCUGACAAGCGCAUCUUUGUUCUCCACUUGCUGGGCGAGGAGACGCAAGACAAUCGGCUUACACACACUUUGAUUCAGCAGGGUCUUGUGCCUGCUUUGCGUGAUGUGCGCAGGCAGUGGUACAAGUGGGUCAAGGCGAACGAUACGGCGGAUGGCGCUGCGUUGGUCACCACUGCGCUGCCUACGAGCAAGAUCUUCUCGAAUGGCUUGGACCUGCUUAACGCAUUGAAGGAUCCCAACUUUUUCAACGAAAGCCUCAAUGUCCUAUCGCGCGAGCUGCUUACGUUCCCGAUCCCGACCGUGGCUGCGAUGGGCGGUCAUGCCUUUGCAGCAGGUUUCACGUUUGCGCUGGCGCACGACUACCGCGUGAUGAAUGCGCAGCGUGGCUAUGCAUGCAUGAACGAGAUCGAGUUCGGUGCGCACAUUCCGCGGGGCAUGCUCGGUGUCAUCCAGUCGGUGGCUUCGUCGGCGUCUCUUCAGCGCAAGAUCGUCCUUGAAGGCCACCGUUUCACAGCGGCCGAGGCUAUGCAGGAUGGCCUUGUGGAUGCGACAGCGGAAGGGGCGGAAGCUACGUUCCAAGCUGCGCUGGCCCUCGCUGAGAAGCUUCGCUCCCGCUGCGCAAAGGAUGCCUGGCAAAUCAACCGCGAGCAGCUGAAGCGCGAAGCUAUUGAGAUGCAGUACGAGCCUCCUCGUGCCCAAAUCAAGACGGAGGUGAAAUAG